AUGUCGUCAAGAUACGUCAAGGAACGCCUCGAUAUUCAGUACCCGCGCGUGGAAAUACUCGGGUCUUACCUGACCAAGUGGUUCGGCAACAACUAUCACAUUUGGCUCCGGAAUGGGAAGAUUACGCUCAGCAUACCUCGGCAUCUUGCCGAUAGUGAGAGGGACGCACUCAGGGCGGCAAAUUAUCAUUCACAGUAUGAUCGCCAAAAUAGAGCGAUAAGACUAGAAAGCCUACCAUCUCGCAACCCGGCCAUCACCCAUACAGGCCGUUCGGCGAAAGAGAGCGACGCGCACAAAACCAACAGCGAGGGGGGAUUCGAGCCAAAUGAAGACUUGGUCACUCCAGAUAUUAACACGAUUCCGUUGUUCCGACCAGCGUCCCAGAAAACUGUCCAGGGUUUUGAACAAGUUGUCUUCGAAUUGGAGCAAUCUGACACGUACAAAAAAGGAAACAAGAUACAGAGCGGUUUCUACUCAUCCCGUCUAGAAGUCGGCGAGACAUCCAGCGUGUUUGAUAUAAAAAGUCACAUUCUGUUGUCUGUAGAUCAGCCUGGGCGGUUACAGGCGGACAGAGUCGUUCAAAAGGCAUCUAUCCUACAUCCUCCUUUUAAGCCAGCAGUCAUCAUCAAGAAUGAUAUAGAUCAUCCCCACAUAGUGGAGACACUCGUCGCCUUUAGAUACGAGGAGAACGGAGAGCAGUACUUUAACUUCAUGUUUCCACUAGCCUUUGGGAAUCUCAAAAGGCUCUUUCGUGGGAGUUAUGAUGAUGAUAUCGAACUUCAGAGACGUACCCGAGACUCGCUUUGGGAUCAAUUUGCUGGGCUCUCAAGUGCGGUAGCCUACCUCCAUGAUUCGAUUCAGAUGGCCCACCGCGACAUCAAGCCCUCCAACAUCUUGAUCUAUGAGACACCAUCACCUAAGGGGAGCUUGAUUCUGAAACUGACGGACUUUGGCCUGGCGAUCGAUCUCUCCAAAGCUCCGACCUGGGAAGUUGGCAGUCGUGCCCUGCAAUCUGCAUGGGAAUACGACUCACCCGAGAGUCGAACAAGAUCACCCAACGUCGGGUCAAAGAAUCCGAUUGGCGAAAGAUUCGAAAUUCCAUCAGCUACAGACUUAUUGGCCAACGACAUCUGGAAGCUGGGGUGUGUCUUUACUGAGAUCGUGGCCUUUCUUGUGUGCGGAGGCUCGGCGGGCGUGGCCGGCUUUAGGGAUCACAUCACUACUACUGGAAACAAGAUAUCAUCCGACGUGUUCAAUGACACUCGCUUUGAUGAUGAUGAAAAGGUGAAGGAUCAGGUUCUUGAGUGGAUAGAUCGCAUGGCUCGCAGGGAUUCCCGAGCAAAACAGCUUCAGCCUAUCCUUGGUCAAAUGCUAGCCAAAUCUGCCAAAAGGCCUACCAUAAAAGAGGUUUGCGAAGAACUGGUCAAGGAAACGACAUUCAUCCCUGCAAAUCACACAAAUCCUCUCUCUCGAACCGAAAAGCUUAAACUCAUUAUCGAGGAGCGGAUCGGACGGCGGGUAGAUUGGUGGCCAUUUCCUCGCCCACGGCCAAAGCUGAGACCUGACCAAUUUUUAAUGACGUGGGAGUGGCAAGGAAUUGAACUUUGCAUGUCGCUCUCUCAGGAUGAACUCAACCGCUACAAGUCAAUGUGUUCGCCAAUAACCACCAACCGAAUUCCACUCCUCCCAGUGGCGAAUCCGUCGACCAGUUCCUCACGACAUGUACCUGCAACUGUACCUUCGAAUGCUGCUUUCCGAUCCGGGGGCACCAAUAGCCCGCCUACGCUUGGUAAUGUCGCUCUCGGGGGCGCCGCUGUCCGAUCUUCAGCGGCACUACCAACUCCAGUUCCCACGAAAGACAUGUAUUGGUGUGUCGAAAAGACUUUUACAGAGCCAACUGAAAACCACCUGUUCCCCAUUCUCAACUCAGAGACCUUACAUGACGACGAGGAGUUGUACCGACAAGUCAACAAAGCUAUUCGCUCAGCAUGUGGCUGGAUUGGGUUGCUUUUCUCAUGGAAGCGAUGUACGGCGGUCGAUUUCAUCGAGUUUUGUGUUGUGUGGAAGCAUGGUAGCCAGGUCGAUCCCAUGAAAGUCGGGCUUCUUCCUCCCAGUUCUGCUCAAGACUAUACACACUCCGUUCCCAACCCACACGAUGUCCAUAUGAGAGCCGCAGGGAAGCAGAUUGUGGGAGGACUCAGGUCUCCAAUGAAAGGGAGAGGCGACACGACCAUCACUGCCAUGCUACCCAAGAAGCUCAACCCUCCUCCAUUCGCCAGAGAGAUGGGCCAGGUCGGCUGGGGAUUACACGUCAAGAUGAGUUUCUCAGCAUGGAGAUUCAUUUAUUGGCUCAUUCUUUGCUUUGUCCUGAACUUUGUCUUCGUGGCCCUUUGGCUAGUUUACAUCACUCACACGGACCUGCAAAAUGCCUUCGUGCCGGCCACCAUCAGCACGGCUGCUCUCACUUUCGGGUUGUUUGUCAUUCAAAUGUCGGAAAUGAGACGGAGUCAAUGA